AUGUUGAGAGCUCGCGCGUGGAAGGAUCGCAGCAAUCCGUUUGUGUGCACGCUUUGUCGACAGAAGCUGGCUGUUAAUGCCGGAUCGCAGCAUGCACGAUUGCUGUCCACCUCCUCUACCUCAUCGAGGCCUUUGAGUGCGCUGCGAGAGCUUGCCACCGACCGCAGCGCCGUCUUCUCUUGCCAGGCCCGAUCGCUGUCUCGGACGGCAUGUCUCAACAACUCUGCAAACAAUGAGGGGCCUCCCAAGACGGGAGGAUUCCCAGGCGCAUUCUCUAAUACUAGAGCGGGUGGUUGGGGCACAUUUGCAAAAGCAGACACGGCAUCUGGGGCUACGACUGCGGCAGAUGGACUGCUGCCGCACGAGCGACUGGCCCGGCGGCAAUCAGCGGCGACGGAGAGUGUGCAGACAGACAAAAAGAACGAGCCUAAAAGCAACGAGCCUAAAAAGAGUACGGGAAACCAACGCAGGAAUACUCCACAAGCGACCAAGUCAAGAUCAGUCCUGGCCGACGUCUUCAAAACCAACCGAGAGCCGCGCGCUCCGCCAACCCCAGAGUCCUGGUCUUCUCCGCACAACCGCAAGGCCGACGUACCCCCACACACGCAUGGAGUAGACCCUCGUGGAAAUCAAUCUGGUGUGUGGAACGAAAUCACCAAAUCUCGGAAGCUCAAGACAAAGCCGUCCGCAGCUCAGGAACCGGUUACUCAAGAUUUCUGGGGAGAAUUGGAAACUAGAGCUACGGGAUUUAGGGAAAAGGUUAAAAGCAAGAAUGAAAACCAACCUGUGGAUAGGAAGAAGAAAACACAAGAUACUCAAGACAAGCGAGACUCCCUAGGGGAGACAUUUACAUCUACACCCAAAACUGAAGACGACACUCAACUCCAGAAACAAAGAAGAAAAUCCAGAUUUGAAGUGGAGGAGCAGCAAGAGCCUGAGAAGCCUCGAUCUAAAAAGGGAAAGAAGUCACAAAGAGUGUCGCAAGCCUACGAAGACGAAGACUGGGAUGACGAAGCCGUGCACCGCUGGGAGCAGAAGCAGCGUCGCAAAGCAGAAAAGGAGGCAAAGAAGCAGAAAGUCGUAGAGGAAGAGCCACAGGCCGUCCCGAUAUUCCUCCCAGAGUAUAUCAGCGCAUCAAACUUGUCCAGAGCUCUGAAGCAAAAUGUCACCCCUUUUCUGCAGGACAUGGAGGAAAUGGGCUUCGAAAAUAUCACUAGCGACACAAUCUUCACUGGUGAAACUGCGGCUCUCAUUGCCAUGGAAUACGGCUUCGAGCCUACUGUUGAUACCGGAUCCCUUCGAGAUCUCCGAACUCGUCCUCCGCCGACAGAUGUCUCAGUCUUGCCGUCUCGUCCUCCCGUGGUCACGAUAAUGGGCCACGUCGACCACGGCAAAACUACUCUGCUGGACUGGCUUCGGAAGUCCUCUGUCGCCGCACAAGAGCACGGCGGCAUUACUCAGCACAUUGGUGCGUUUGUUGUGAAAAUGUCGUCUGGCAAGUCCAUCACAUUCCUCGACACUCCCGGCCAUGCUGCUUUCUUGUCGAUGCGCCAGCGCGGAGCAAAUGUGACAGACAUCGUGGUGCUCGUUGUUGCUGCCGAUGACAGUGUCAUGCCCCAGACUCUCGAAGCUUUGAAGCAUGCUACGAGUGCUAAGGUGCCCAUCAUCGUCGCUAUUACAAAGGUUGACAAGGAAGAUGCUCGGAUUGACCAAGUAAAAGCGGAUCUUUCUCGCCAUGGAGUCGAAAUCGAAGACUACGGCGGCGAUGUGCAAGUUGUCUGCGUCAGCGGGAAAACAGGUCUGGGAAUGGAAGAUCUGGAGGAGAAUAUCGUCACACUCUCCGAAAUCCUGGAUGUUCGAGCAGAAGAUGAUGGCAUGGCUGAAGGAUGGGUUCUAGAGUCUAGCAUCAAGCCUCAGGGCAAAGCCGCGACCAUCUUGGUCAAGAGAGGAACCCUCCGCCCAGGCGACCUGAUUGUUGCCGGCAAGACUUGGGCAAAGAUUCGUGUGCUGCGCAACGAAGCUGGUCUCGAGCUGGACUCUGCUCCUCCCGGAACACCUGUCGAGGUUCUGGGCUGGCGAGAGCUACCCACUGCUGGAGAGCAGAUUAUCCAAUCUCCUGACGAAGGAAAGGCGAAAACGGCAGUUGAAUAUCGCUUGGAAAUGGCUGAGCGCGAGCAAAGCUCCAUCCAACUCGCAGAGCAGGAACAGCGACAGCGUGAAAAGGCCGCGGCAGACGCAGCAGCAGCAGAUGCCGACGGCGCUUCAAACAUCGCUACAGAAUCAGCUGAGACUGGAAUCCUAACGCAAAACUUCACAGUCAAAGCGGAUGUUGUUGGAUCCGUGGAGGCGGUUUGCGGAACCAUCCUGGAGCUGGGCAGCCACGAGGUGCAGCCCAAGAUCCUGCGAUCCUCUGCUGGGCAGAUCACCGAGUACGACAUUGACCACGCGGCGACGUCCAACAGCAUCAUUGUCAACUUCAACAUCAACAUCCCUCCGCAUAUCAAGCAGCGAGCCGAAGAGGCCAAGGUCAAGAUUCUCGACCACAAGGUCAUCUACCACGUCGUUGACGACGUCAAGGCGGCGUUGUCUGACAUCUUGCCCAUGAAUAUCUCGUUCCGUGUCAACGGCGAGGCCGAUGUGCUGCAGGUCUUCCCGAUCAACGUCAAGAAGCGUGUGUUUAGAAACAUUGCCGGAUGCAGAGUCCGAAACGGCUCCAUCAAGAAGUCGUCUCGCGUAAAGGUUCUUCGCCGAGGCGAGGUAGUCUACGACGGCAAGAUAGACACUCUGAAGCAUGUGAAGAAGGAUGUCCAGGAAAUGGGCAAGGGAACAGAAUGCGGUAUCGGCUUGGAAGACUUUGAGGAUUUCCAGCCAGAUGACCAGAUUCAGACGUAUGAAGAGAUUAAAGAGAGGCGGAGUUUGUAA